UUAGGUUUGCCCAGUCGGCACUCAGUUAAAUUCCACCACUCUCACACUUGCCACACAUUUAAAAAAAAAUAAACACUCACACGUCAAAAGAGGCAGGUUGAUACCGAACAAGUCAACGAAGUAGCGGAGACGGAAUACACACUGCUUUCAGCAACCAAUUAAACAGGUGGUUGCUAAGAGAUGAUGCGUGACAUUGCUGAAAGCCUCUGAUGCUCCCCAGCCGGCGGCGCAACUUCUUUUCAGAUCUGUCUCCGAUGCACCUUGCUCAUGUGAAGGACAGCUCGGACGCUCACACCAGAACUACAAACUCUUACCAUGGCGGCUGUAACUGGCCCGUGUGCCCUCAGUGAGGCGGCGGCUACCUCAGAUGUCGGGACAGCGCAGAGAGGGCAUGGGAGCAGCGAAGAAUGUGAGAGUGCCCGGAGGAAAAGGGAGAGCGGGCUUGUGGGUCAAAACACUAUCCUGGAGAAAACCCACGAGUUCUUCCAGGUGUGCGACAUUGAGAAAAAGGGCUUCAUUACCCGAUGGGACAUGCAGCGGCUGUAUGGCGAGCUCCCUCUCAAUGCCGACGAGCUGGAGAAAGUGUUUGACACCCUUGAUUCUGACAGCAAUGGAUAUCUCACCCUCGAUGAGUUCUCCACUGGCUUUAGUGAAUUUCUCUAUGGCAGGAAGAUAUCUUCAAGUGAAAGCAUGGAGGAUAAACCCCCAUGUACUAAGUCUCCAGAAGUUCUCUACCACAAUCAGUGGAAUGAGAGCCCGGCAACCUCGGAGGAUGAGGAGGAGAAACAUUUUUCCAUGCUGAUGGAGAGUCUAGGAGCCAACAACGUCUUUGAAGAUCCAGCAGAGGUACGCAGUUUGUGGGCCCAGCUGCGCCGGGAUGAACCACAUCUUUUAUCCAAUUUUGAGGACUUCCUGGCAAGAGUGACAUCCCAGAUCAUUGUGGCUAACCAGGAGAAGAGAGAGAUGGAGAGCGCUCUUAGACGGAAAGCAGCUACACAUGAUGAUGAGAUCCAGCGCCUGUAUGAGGAAAUGGAGCAGCAAAUAAAAAAUGAAAGAGAUCGGAUUGUGAUGCAGGACUAUAAGGGGUUUGUGUCUCGCAGCCAAGACCUAGAAAGACAGCUGACCACCAAGGAGAAAGAGUUGGAGCAGCUCUUUCAGAAGCAGAGGAGGCUGGAGCAUCAGUGUCAGGAGCUUCACAGUGAGCAACAUGUGACCAAGGUGGAGAACGUGAAGCUGAAGAAGACCAAUGAUGAUCUAGCCAAGGAACUGGAUCACACCAGUCAAGAGCUGCUCUUGGCUCAGGAACAGCUGAGUCUGCUACACCAGCAGUCCACCCGUAUCCAUGAGGAGAAGGAGAUGGAAAUAUACCGACUGACAGAGGGACUGCAGCGGGAGCGAGCAAGCCUUCUCAAACAGUUGGACCUGAUGAGGGAAAUGAACAAACAUUUACGAGAUGAAAAAGACAUUUUCUUUCAGAAACCAAACAAUUGUAAGAAAACAGGAUCCCAGCCAAGGCCUGUACUCAAUGUUGAGACACACACUUUCUUUCCAAAAAGUGAGGAGGACGAGGAGGGCUGUGUGAGGCAGAGCCCAGCCAAUGGGUCAAGUCAACCGUCUUGCCCAGAGGUAACCAGAGGUUCCCUUCAGAGGAUCAUCUCCAUUGAGGAGGACCAUCUCCCCCACUUGCUCCAGAAUAGUGGCCAGCCCCAAACGCCUCUUGAACCGCUUACUGAAGGAGAGGAAGCAUCCGAUCAAGAGGAAAAUAUAGACUUGGUGAUGAGCGAUAUUUACCCAACUUCUGUUCAGCUGCAGCGGUCAGAAGGAAUCGGACAAAUAAGUCAAACUCCCACGUCUCCGAGGGGUGAACCCGUGGGCAAGGAGACCAGCAUAAAUGAGGAAGGUGCUCCGUCACCACCUGACCGCCUCUUUAAGAUUGUUCUGGUGGGGAACUCUAGCGUCGGAAAGACCUCCCUCCUGCGACGGUUUUGCGAUGACUGCUUUCACCCAGACAAUUCCGCCACUGUUGGUAUAGACUACAGUGUGAAGACAAUAAUAGUAGAUAACAGCCAGGUGGCGCUGCAGAUCUGGGAUACAGCGGGACAGGAAAGGUAUCGAAGCAUCACCAAGCAAUUUUUUCGCAAAGCUGACGGUGUGGUUGUGAUGUACGACAUAACGGUUGAGCAGAGCUUCACAGCUGUCAGACAGUGGUUGACAAGUGUAAAGGAGGGUGCAGGAGACGCCAUCACUCUCAUGCUGUUGGGGAACAAAACAGACAUAGAGAUUGAGCGAGAAGUUGAGAAAUCAGUGGGUGAAAGGCUUGCAAAGGACUGUCAGAUGACUUUCUUUGAGUGCAGUGCACGCUCGGGACAUCAUGUAAUGGAGGCCAUGUUUCAUCUGGCCAGAAUCCUGAAAGAGCAAGAGGACCGGGAGAAAGAGAAAACUGUCCGGCUGGUGGGCAGCACACUGGAGAAGAAGAACUCCUGCUGCUAACAGAUAAAACACACACACUUCCACAACAGCAUUUGUCCUGUUUACUGCGGGGCACUCACACACUGCAGCCAAUAACGUCAUGUGAUACAUUUGAUUACACUACCAAAAAACUAAUUAUUUCCGGGAAGUUUGAUAUCAUGAGACAAUGUAAAAAUAACUGGAUGAAAAAUUGACCUUUUUUCUGUUUUUAGAAAGGCUUCUUCAACUUUUAUCUAUCACAUGCCAGUUUUUAAUGAUGUAGUGUAUUUAUGUAAUGAUUUAGAAGGGGUUCUUGACAUGAGUUUGCUUAGCUUUUCAGUGCAAUGUGUGGAACAACAUACCAAUCUGUAAAAGUAACAUUGUUGUGUCGUCUUGAGGUCACUCGUCUGUAGUUUAAGUUCACGGUGUUCCUUUUGAUUUAGCAUAUAAUUCACCGGGUUCAUCAAAGUGCUAUCAUGAAGAAAUGUAGCAUUUGCUGCUGGUCUGUUUUGUUUUAUAGUAUUUUUGCGUGGUUUCUUGCUCAUGGUGCAGUUUGUUUGUUAUUCUCUUAUCUUCACCAGCAUUUUGUCAAUAGUUGCAAUGAUGGGGACUAUUAGGUCAGAUGGAAAAUAGUUACUUGUCCUCCUAAGACCAAAUUGGGUUGAUUUGUAAAGAAAAAAAUAUAUAUUUAAGUCUGAUGCACAUAAUCUUCCUGCCAAGUGUUUGAUAUUACUGAUUUAUAUCACGCUACAAUGUCAUGCCAAGUAAUUUGUAUGUGAUUUUGGAGGUCAGAGGCACUAUUGGCGGGUUGCCACCACUACUGUUUUGCACAUCACUUUAAUGUAUAGGUAUUUAAUUAGUGUAAAAAAAAUAAAAAUAAACAAUUGCUUGUUCAUAUUGUUUGUAAAGCUCCUGGUCAUUGUUGUGUGGUUUUACACAUUGCAGUUUAUUGUCAUUACAAGACAUGGAACAUAAUAUCUAAACUCAAAAGUUGUAGAAUACACAUGGAAAAACAUGCCAGCUUGUUAGAAUUUUUCUUGUAUGAGGGUUUUUUUAGUC